GCACGCACACACACACACACACACACACACACACACACACACACACACGCUUCGGAGAGCAGUAACGUUCGCUUUCUCUUAGACUUUUUCAAAAUGGCAGCGGCUACGGACGAGCUGAUUUUGCUUGAGCGAGUGUUUCUUCGCUUGGGUUCUGCAGAGACAGAUGAGCAGUUACAGGCAUCAGUAUGUAAAUUUUUACCUCCCGUGUUGCUUAAAUUGUCUAGCGGACAGGACGGCGUAAGGAAAAAAGUGAUGGAAUUGUUGGUACAUAUAAACAAGAGAAUCAAGAGUAGACCUCAAGUACAGCUACCUGUUGAAGCUCUACUCUUGCAAUAUCAGGACCCAUCUGCUAGUUCGUUUGUGAUUAACUUUACAAUAAUAUACAUAAAGUUAGGAUAUCCUCGAAUGGAGAUAACCAAACAAGCAGAAUUAAUCCCAAGUGUAUUGAAUGCUAUCGAAGGAAAACCGGUAUCCCAUCAGGACAGUUUGUUGUUGAUAAUAAUGCCAGCAUUGGGACAUAUAAACAUACCAGCGGAUCCUGAUAAAAGAGCGUCUCUCUUGGGCUUGCAAGAUAAGCCUUACGUUGCAAAACAACUUAUAAAUUUCAUGCUUGAUAUGUUGCUGCUUCCAUAUGGAUCUGUAGGACAAACGGAAAAUCAACAGCCAGGUCAACCUAUCGAUUGGUCUCAGUUUAACGUACCACCAGGUUUAAGCGAUUACGCGUUCAAAAGAGUGAUAGGCGAAAGCCCCCCGACCGCGGAACAGUUAGAACAGAUUAAGUUGGGCAUUGUUAAGUUUCUCGCCGGUGGAUUCUUUCCGGAUACGGACAUACUGGUACAUCUGAUCGUAGCAGCUGCCGAUACUAGAUUCAGCAUCGCUAACAUGGCGGAUUUGGAACUGAAAAAGAUAGUUGGUACGCUCGAUUGGUCUUCGGUGCAAUUAGCGGCUCCGCUAUAUACGUUGUUCUUAGGUAGCGAUGCGUUGGAGAGAGGCGCUGCACAAAAAGAGGUAAAGCCUGAGAUGAAAAGAAUGCCUGCGAACACUAGAAUUCGUCUUAAACUUUUGCAAUAUCUUUGCCGUGUAACCAAAGCAGGUUUUAUUAUACCACCAAGCAUACAGAUUAUUUUUGAUUCGCUUCAUGGAAAAAAUACGAACGCAAAACUAAAAUCAUUGGCACUACAGUUUACAUCAAAUAUCGUCCAACACUGCAGCCUUGUGCCGUUAGCGCGCGUUGCCGGAGUAAUUCUCAAUGGUAUGAUAAAACUGAUCUCCGAGGGUGAUGAUGCACUUAAACCAAUGGCGUACACAAUUAUCGGACAACUUGGCCAAAGAAUACCGUCUUUGAUAAACAAAGAUUUGACUCUAUUGCAUAAUUUAUUUGACACGCUGGUGACUACGGACGGCGAGUUACGGCGAACCGUGAGAGACGCGUUGAUGUGCGUAACGUCGGCGUUCGUAUUGAAUAAAGACGACGAAAGUAAUUUAGCUCUAAUGAACGCUCUGCUAUCGGCGCAUAUUGAAUCGCCCGAAUCCAGUGUAAGAUUUGUGGCGAUGCACUACGCUGCAACUGUAUUUCCACCCGAUGACGCUCCGUCGCGAUAUCUCUUGCUGUUGGCGUGCGGUGACAAUAAACACGAGAUAAGCACCGAGGCUACGAAGGCGCUUUACGGCUUCGCGCACAAGAACGAGGACGAUCAACAGAGCAACAAGAAGAUAAUAUUGCCCGAAUUUGUGAAACUAGUGAAUUAUGUUUAUUCGAAGAUGAAAUCGCGAAUGCCGGCCGCAAAUAAGAACACGGACAAGAAGACUCUUCCAUAUAGUAUUACAACGUUUUCCGAAAUAAUUACUUAUUUUCGCGUUUGCCUCGCUAGAAGCGCUAAUAUCCUAACACGAAACGAACCGCUACAACAUCCUUCCGAACACACUCCCUUGAUUGGACGUUAUUUGGAAAAGUUGUACAAAGAUCAGCCGGAAAUAUUGAAUAAUUAUCUCGAUAUGAUUUUGCUAUUGAGUCAUUCUUUUGCGGAUCAAGUUCCUUUAAACGCGCUUUUGGAAGUACUCGGAUCCGUUCCGCAUUACAUAACAAAAUCGUACGAGAAAGAGUUGCCCUGGCUCCGCUCUAUGCUCACCUCAACCAAGCAAGAUGUAAGACAGGUGGCCGCGAAAACGUACGCCAUCAUUACCGGCUAUUUUCCGAGGAAUGAAUUCGAGAAGCACGUUUCGAGCAUCAUGGAGAUUAUGGGUAGAAAACAAUUGGAGGCGCAGCACGGCGCGUUAAUAACUCUGACUUACAUGAUGGAGAGAAGUUUGAUACAAUACCGCAGCGAAAGAAAAGAGGAUUUGUGCAACUGGACAACUUACAACGAGAUAGUGAAAACAAUUUGCACGUAUCUUCGCGAUCAUCCGAUAUUGUUGAUGGACGCCGCUAUCGAAGCUAUCGGCGUGUUAGGAAAAACAUACACUUUACCUUUGUUGGCUGAAGAAGAAGACGACAAAUUGAGCAAGAAGGCAAUAGUGGAUAUACUCUUCUCUGUAUUAUCGAACGUCAAAUUGAACACCAAGAUGAAAGAAAAAGCUGCGCUUUCGUUGGGUUACUUAUGCGUCGGCGAAUGUUUCCCGCACACCGCGGAUAUUGCCAAUGGAAUUCUAGCAACAGUCAAAGAGACGAAAGAUAUCGAGAUCCAUUUAAUUCUGGGAGAAGCUUUGGUUUGUUGCGUUCAAGGACAGGCAUCGCCCGAAGCAAGAGACGCUUGGACGACUCUGCCCGCCGAGCAUGUUGUGUCGUACAACGAGGAGAGCGACGAGUUGUUGGUACACGUGUUGAGCGAAUUGCUCAACAUGUACAAAGUGCCUCAUCCAAACUUACGACAGGCAGUCUGUGUGUGGUUGUUCGCGCUUUUGAAACACAACGUUCAACGAGAAUGUGUCAAGGAGAGAUUAUUCACGAUUCAUCACGCGUUCAUAGAUUUUCUUUCGGACGACAGUGAUAUCGUGCAGGACAUUGCUUCAAAAGGUCUUAGUUUGGUGCAUAUUAACAGCAAACAGGAAGAACGCGAUAAUUUGGUAUCCAAUAUAUUAGAUCAGUUUACACAGGGGCGUAGAACAGUGCAGCAAGUUACGUCCGACACCAAAUUGUUCGAGGAAGGUCAACUGGGAAAGAGUCCGUCUGGAGGCAAUCUGUCAACGUAUCGAGAAAUCUGUUCUCUGGCAACGGAACUACAAAAACCGGAGCUCGUGUAUUACUUUAUGCAUUUGGCGAAUCACAAUGCGAUAUGGACGUCGAAAAAAGGAGCGGCUUUCGGUUUCGCGGCAAUUGCCGGCAUUGCGAAGGACGAGCUGAACAAGUAUCUGCCCAGCAUCAUACCGCGAUUAUAUAGAUAUCAGUUUGAUCCGACGCCGAAAAUUCAACAGAGCAUGGCCAGCAUUUGGCGCGCCGUCGUUCCCUCCACGACAAAAGCCAUCGAACAGUAUCAUAAAGAAAUAUUGACUGAUGUAACUGAUAAUCUAACGAAUAACGAGUGGAGAGUACGUAUCAGUUGUUGUAAUGCUCUCGCAGAUCUUUUAAGGACAAAUGUUCAGUUCAACUUCGCCGAAUACGGCCCGGAACUUUGGAAGAGACUAUUUCGCGUAAUGGACGAUAUUCACGAGGGCACGCGAUUAGCCGCGACUAAUACCGCCAAAAUUCUCAGCAAGGUCUGCAUACGCCAUUGCGACUCCUCCCACGGUAGUGCGGGAAAGGAAGUUAUUCAAGCGAUACUGCCGGUGCUGCUUGAUAUUGGUAUUACCCAUACCGUAGACACGGUGAGGUCCGUGUCGUUGCAAACCGUUUCGCAGCUCGUGACAACUGCCGGUGUGUUGCUAAAACCGUCACUCGUCAAUCUAAUACCCGCAUUACUGGAAACAAUCGGCGAAUCAGAAAAUCCUAAGCUUUCGUAUUUAAGCAACGUGUGCGGCGCAACUACGGAAACGCAGGAGGCUAUUGAUAAUAUUAGAGCUAACGUUGCUAAAGGCCAUUACGCAUCAGAUACGAUAACAAAAUGUAUCCAACAUAUUGACGCGGAUAUUUUAAAGGAACUAAUGCCAAAAGUGAUAGAGUUAAUAAAAUGCAGCGUAGGAUUCGGUACAAAAAUUGCUUGUUCGCAUUUCGUAAUCCUCCUCAGCACCCAUAUGAAAGUAGAGUUGCAGCCGUACAGUGCUAAAAUUCUGUCCGCUUUACUUAAUGGCUUAACGGAUCGAAAUGCCGCUGUGCGAAAGAAUAACGCAGUUUGCAUCGGGCACAUAGUUGGUUCGGCUAAGGAUUCUAGUCUGGAUAAAUUAUAUAAUACCUUGAAUACAUGGUACAUGGAACGCGAAGAUGAUGCGAUAAGAUUAGCGAUCGGACACGUUUUACAGUCUAUAAACAAUUACAAUCAGGAGAAAUUGAAAAAUUUCCAAAAUGUAGUUAUACCUCUUGUCUUUUUUGCAAUGCACGCAGAAAAGGUACCAGGAAAUGAAAACCUCGUCGAAUUAUGGACCGAACUUUGGAGCGAGAUAACUCCCGGAACGGAAGCGGGAAUUGUACAAAAUCAGGAGGCAAUAAUCCGUACUUUAAAGACGACCAUGGAGUCGGCGUCGUGGACCGCAAAAGUGCAAUCCGCGAACGCAAUUCACACCAUUGCCUCGAAGUCAGGUUGUAGUAUCGAUAUAGAAGCCAGAUACGCUUUAUUCAAGAUAUUGAUGAACGGUUUGAAUCCUGGUAGAACAUGGAACGGAAAAGAAAAUUUACUGAACGCGCUCACUACGUUAACGUGCAAUAGCAAAAAAGAAUUAAACGAGAAUACUUCACUGUUAGGUUUAGUUGUAAUAACGUUGUACGAUGAAAGUUUGAAAGAGAGCAAACGAGAAUAUCGUCGAAACGCUUUGCAAGCAUUUGCUACUGUCUUGCACGAACUUGACAUCGAUAAGUUUACAGAAACUUAUGAAAUUGUACAGAAUAUUUUGAUCAAGCUAUCUGAUAAAAGUAACGAUGAUGACGACGACGAUAACGCGGAGGAAAGUAGAAAGAAAAAGGAAAGUAAUAUGAAGCUACAGGAAACAGCUUACGAAGCUCUCGGAAAAGCAUGGCCCUCUAACAAAGAUACUCAAGACAAAUAUUGCAUAGAAUUCGUCACGCAUUGUCAGAAAGUAUUGCCGAACAGCACAAGGUCUGUGCAAAUUGCUAUUUUGACAGCGUUGAAUUUCUUCGUGGAUAAACUGGUCAUAUUGAAAAUUAACAAAGCUGAGUUAUCGAUGAAAGACAAAAACUCACUAGACGAAAUAAGUGAUAGCCUGAAUAAAAUAUUAUCGUACUGUAUAAAUAUCUCAAAGUUCACCAGAAUUAGGAAAGAAGCGUUGAAUAUAGUUCUUUCGUUAGCGAGAAAAAUGCGAGAAACCAAUAACGAUGAUCAACUCGAGAAGAUGACGCGCAUUUUAAAAGAACUUCUGCCUGAUCUGAUGAAGGAUAAUCAGCCCGAAAUACGGACCAGAGUUGUCGAUAUUAAAGAGAUGCUUAAAAUUUAACUAGACAUGUUAGGCACACGUUACAUUUGUAUUCCGAAUCGAAUUUACAUCUUUCGCACACACAUCGGGAUAUCUUGCGUAUAUUGCUCUUAAAAUAUUGACGAACUUUGAGCCACGGUAACAAGAUUCUGAUAGCUAUGGUUGUGUGUUUAUUUAAAUAUGUUAAUAUGUGUAGGAUGUGCCUAAUAUAGUAUUUCGUCGCUUAAUAAGAUGUAAUUUAGAACAUAAUUUGUUUAUAAAAUUAUUAUACCCUUAUGUAUUUACGCUCCACCACAUGGGGCGGGGUUUUUUGAAGGAGUAAAAAAUUAUAAUCUAAUCUGUUCCUAUGAGUGUGUCACGAAAAGUUGCGUAUUUUUUUUUUUU